UAUAAAACUAAUCAAGACUGUUCUGGGUCAGUACUGAAGGCAACCAUGUUCAAGCUCAUUCUCAUCAUUGGUCUCAACCUCCUACUGAAUGCCCAUCUGGACUCUGCCUACCAGCUGAUGUGUUACUUCAACAACUGGGCUCAGUAUCAGUCAGAUGUGGAAGGUAUUAAGCCUGAUGACAUUGACCCUUGCCUAUGUACUCACCUAAUCUAUUCCUUUGCUGGAAUUUGGAAAAACAAUAUCACCAUGACCAAAAAGAAAGCCUCAGAUGACUACAAAAACUUUAAUAACUUAAAGAAAAGGAACAACCAGCUCAAAACACUCCUGUCCCUUGGAUGCUGGAACUUUGGAGCUGCCCCUUUUGUCACCAUGGUCACUACUCCUGAGAGUCGGCAGUCUUUCGUUACUUCAGUUAUCAAAUUCCUGCGCAAGUAUGGCUUUGAUGGAUUGAACUUAUUUUGGCAGUAUCCUGGCUGUCAUGGCAGUCCUCCUAGGGACAAGCAUCUCUUUACGGUCCUGAUACAGGAAAUUCGUAAAGCUUUUGAGGAGGAGGUGAGUAAGAAUAAAAAGCCCAGACUGUUGGUCACUGCCGCAGUUGAUGGUGCCAUCUCCACAAUCAAAUCUGGCCAUGAGGUCCCACAACUGUCACAGUCCUUGGACUACAUUCAAGUCAUGACAUAUGACCUCCAUGGAGCUUGGGAAGGCUACACUGGAGAAAACAGUCCAUUAUAUAAAUCUCCAACUGAAACUGGCAUCAAGGCCUUCCACAACAUAAAAUACAUCAUGGACAACUGGAAGAACAAAGGGGCAGCACCUGAGAAGCUCAUUGUUGGAUUCCCAGCAUAUGGACAUACCUUCAUCCUGAGUGACUCUUCUAAAACUGGAAUUGGUGCACCUAGCAAUCGUGGUGGCCAUCCAGGGCCCUACACAAAGAAAACUGGACUCUGGGCCUACUAUGAGAUUUGCACUUUCCUGAACAAUGGCGCCACUCAGGUCUGGAAUGCUGCUCAACAAGUGCCCUAUGCCUACCAUGGUAAUGAGUGGGUUGGCUAUGACAAUAUCAAGAGCUUUCAUAUCAAGGCUCAGUGGCUUAAGAAUAACAGUUUUGGAGGUGCCAUGAUCUGGGCUAUUGAUAUGGAUGACUUCACUGGCUCUUUCUGUGGUCAGGGCACAUUCCCCCUGACCUCCACCUUGAAGAAAGCCCUCAAAGUGCACAGUGCAAGUUGCAAAGUAACUUCUACUCCGACCAGUGUGAUUGGAAGAAGGAAUAGCAGCUCUGAGACCUUGGAGCCUGUGUUGCUACUUAGUAGCAAAUAA